AUGGCAGGGGAGGAGGAAGAGCCGGGAGGAAGGCGGGAAGGAGGGAGGGAAGGGGUGCAGGCGCAGCGAGAGCGCCCGCCGCGUCCCGGCACCCUCCCGCCGGACCAGGGAUUCCUGUUCUCUACCGGCUUUAUCUACCUGCGCCAGCUCCCGCCCCCGCCUGACAUCACGAUGCCCCGGGCUUGCUGCCCGGCACCGGCCCCCACCAACACUCGGGGGGGCCCCCAGCCCCUCCGGCCCCGAGGGGGGGUGUCCAGCCUGGCCCCCGCCCACCCCCGAGGGGCUGGACCCCCUAAACCACCUCCCAUGACCCCCCCGAUGUGGUGUUUAGGUGUGUCCCCUGGAGCAGUGGGAGUUCCCAUGGCACUGGAGAGCUCCUGUGAGGGUCAUUUCAGGUCCCAAGGGUUCCAUGUGGGUCCCAAGAAAGUCAUUUUGGGUUCCACCGGGGUGGGUGACACACGGUCACCGGGGUCACGGCGGGUCUCCCGGAGGUCUCGGAGCAGACAAGAUGAGAAACGAGGCGGUGCAGAGCGGCAGGAAGUGGCAUGUCACGUGACCGCACCCGGAAGCGGCUGCGCGGCGGGAUCGGGGGCCAUGAGCAGCGGGGCUGGGGACGCGACCGGGGACGGGAACGCGGCCGAGAGUGGAGCCGAGCGGCGGGUCCGCAUCGUGGUGGAGUACUGCGAGCCCUGUGGCUUCGAGGCCACGUACCAGGAGCUGGCGAGCGCUGUGAGGGACGAGUACCCCGACAUCGAGAUUGAAUCACGGCUGGGAGGCACUGGUGCCUUCGAGAUCGAGAUCAAUGGGCAGCUUGUCUUCUCCAAGCUGGAGAAUGGGGGCUUUCCCUAUGAGAAGGAUCUGAUCGAGGCCAUCCGCAGAGCCCGCAAUGGGGAGCCCCUGGAGAAAAUCACCAACAGCCGCCCCCCCUGCAUCAUCUUGUAGCUCCCCGGGGACAGCAGGGUCCCCCCGUGCUGUCCAUCGGUGCCUUCCUUAAAUCCCUGCAUGAGCAGGGGACACCAGGGGGACCAGGGACACUGGGGGGCUCAGGAGCCUCCUGGGGACCCCCAU